AUGUUUCCAAGACGCGCAAUUCCCUCGGCUUUCCGCGCUGCGACCCGCGCAAGCACAGCUCGGCCCCUCGCCGCCACACGCUUUCUCACGCCCUUCCAAGCACGACUCUUGUCCGAUGAAGUCCGCUCGGCAAUCGAUAAGGCUGUCGGCUCAUCACCUGUUGUUCUGUUCAUGAAGGGCACACCAGAGACACCACAAUGUGGAUUCUCAAGAGCUAGCAUACAGAUCUUGGGCAUGCAGGGUGUAGAUCCGGACAAGUUUACUGCCUUCAAUGUGCUGGAGGAUAGCGAUUUGAGGUCAGGAAUCAAAGAAUACUCAGAAUGGCCGACGAUACCCCAGCUCUACGUUGACAAGGAGUUUAUUGGCGGUUGCGAUAUCCUUAUGACAAUGCAUCAGGACGGUUCGUUGGCGAAAAUGCUGGAAGAGAAGGGCGUUGUUGUGCCCGCGGAGGGUGAGGCGGAGCCGCCAAAAUAAGCCUGCGCGUUU